CAUUCCGGAUAAACUAUUCAAAUCGGCGCCAUCUGGACGGGGUCAAAGAAUUAUCGAUAAAGUGGCGGGUUGUGUAGACUAUUUAUGGUCGUUUCCCCUUUUCCCGUUCCUUCAACACAAAGGUUGUCAGCCAAUCCCGAAUGCAAGACAGCCAAGCACAAUGAAAGACCCUGUCGGCAUUAGACAGGCCUUCAACUGUAUCCGGUCGCUACCGGAAACCACGGAAACCGAGGAUGGCGAAAAUACGGAUGCGCUUGCGUUACUUGAUUCCGUUUCUUUGGUUGAGUGUGAUUUCAAGUCCGGUGUAUUCUCAAUGCAUCCACUUCAACACGACUGGGCUAAGUUUCGCCUCACAUGUAGCCAAGCAAAAUGGGCCCGAUGGUCGGCUGGGGUCGCACUGGCUCAUUCUAUAGAAUGGCAUCGCCUCAACGAUUUGCGUAGACACCUCCUCCCUCAUAUAGAUGCAUUUUUCUCAAGCAGCAGCAACGAUGAACCGAAUGUUGCUUACUUGACGGCGGAUCAGUCUCGAGUAGCAGCAAAAUUCGCCCUGGUAUAUCAGGACAAUGGUAGAUACACCACCGCCCAGCUCAUUCUUCAAGAGUCUUUGGACGGUUUACAGAAUAGUCUCGGGGAGCACGAUCCCGAAACACUCCGCAGCUUGAACAACGUGGCCGUCAUAUUAGAGAAGAAAAGGGAGCAUUCUCAAGCCGCAGAAAUUCCUCUCCGCGCGUGGGAGGGGCGGAAGUCGAUGCUAGGAGAGGCGCACAAAGACACGCUCGAAAGUCUUGGUAACUAUGCAUUAUCAUUGCACGGGUUGGGCCAAUUCGCAGAUGCUGAGAGGCUUCAACGGCAAUGCUUGGAAGCUAGAGAGCAGACGUUGGGGUCUGAUUCGGCUGCCUCAAUCGACAGCGUUGCUCAUCUUGCUUUGACUCUUCUUGUGCGCAGUGUCAACGAAGAAGCCAUAGAGCUCCUUACUCGUGCUCUCGGGUGGCGGUCAGAGAAUCUCGGGCUAAAUCACCCAGAUACCAUUCAAACGAGGGCAAACUUAGCAUUGGGGCUAAGAGAUUCCGGUAAAGUUGAGGAGGCAGCGAAACUCGGACGUGAUUCGCUAAAUAUGUUACGGCAAGUAUUAGGAGACACUCACCAAGAUACGUUGGUGGGUAUGAUCGAUCUUGCCACUACUCUACAAAGGCUCGGCUAUGGUACUCAAGCAGAAAAAUUAAUCACAGAAGCAAGGGCGAGUUUAACUCAGUGCUCAGGACCUACUAAUCUAAAUACACUUGAUAAUCUAGCAACCUUAGCAUCAAUUCACACUAGGCAGAAUAGGUACAAAGAUGCCGAGGUAUUAUAUCGGCAAGUACUCAGUGGCUAUGAAAAGAAGCUCAACAAAAAUCAUAUCUACGUACUUAGGAUCAAGAUCAAUUUAGGUGGGGUCCUACGUCGACUCGAGCAAUGGGAUGAAGCAGAGAAUUUAUAUCAAAGUGCUUUAGCCGGCUUUCUCGCGAAUCAUCAGCCCGGGCACAGUGAUGUAAUUCAUUGCAAACUCAACCUUGCCACUCUAUUACGCUACAAAGAUAGAUAUGAUAAAGCUAAAUCUCUCUAUGAAGAUAUUGAGGAGUCGCUUCAGGUGUCGCGUCUUGGGGAUGAGCACAAGGCUCUGUGGUCCUACGGCUUUGCCUUCUGUUUGAAGGGUCUGGGACAAUACGCAGAAGCGGCCAAAAAAGCGCGACAGGCUGUGGAAUUUUUUGCCAAAGCUCACGGACCACAUUCGUCAGCAGUUAUGGAUAGUCUUGGAAGCCUAGCUAACUUACUUUACCUGCAGAAGAAGUAUGACGAGGCUCGUUUGAUUUUUAAACAGGCGCUGGAUGGCUACUCAAGCCUGGACGAGUCACCUACCUUGGCUUCAACUGUAUGCCGUCAGCAAUUUGAGGCAAUGUGUUGUGAGAUGGAAAAAUUAGAUAAUUCAUCAUGGCCACGAAAGGCCGAGGCAACUGAAGGGGGAGGGAUACGUAUAAGUACUUAGACUACUAUCCUCAAUAUUAAGCCGCAAACACCUUGAAAUAUGACCAUGCUAAAGCAUAAAAC